AUGAAGACUCUGACUAACUGGAUCUUAUCACAUGUUGAGGAAGUGUUUGAAUUCAAAUGUGUGUUUGAGUCUCCUCUUACUGCAGUCGUCUACUCUCACCUACAGUUCAGAUCAGGGGACGAUCAGAAAGCUCACCAGUGGUUGCUCAAACUGAUGUUGAUGAUGUUUCUGCAUGUGUUUCUGCUCAUCUGUGCUUUUCCUCUUUCAGCUGCUGAAGGCCGACUGAGACAGUUCUACAUGUUAAAGCAGAAGACUAAUGUAUCUGCUGCUGCGAGUUUAUGCAGAGUAAACUACACUGACCUCGUCACAGUUUAUGACCGACAGGAGAAUAUUAAACUACAGCAACUGAUCAAGAACAGCAACCCUUUUGCAUGUGGCUGGAUUGGUGCUUAUAGAGGAAACUACAGUCUAAAAUGGUCAAAUGGUGAUGAUGUUUCAUACAGCAGAUAUUCUCCAAGCUAUUCUGAUCAAACUCGCUGUGCUGCUAUGUAUGCUGGUGGAGAUUGGGAAUCUUUCCUAUGCAAUGAGACAAAACACUUCAUGUGCUAUGAACAAGAAGCUGGAGGAUCAUCAAACAUCUACUCAUUAAUCCUUCAAAAUAAAAGCUGGUCUGAUGCUCAGCUUUACUGCAGAGAGAAUCACACUGAUUUAGUCUCUAUCAGAAAUGAGGAGGAAAAUAUCCUGGUGAAGAACAAAGGAACACAGAGUAAUACUCCUUUCUGGAUCGGCCUGCUGAACGACAGUGUGGACUGGAGAGAUGGAGGACGAUCUGCUUACAGAAACUGGAUUCAGAACACUGAUCAGAGCAAUAAUAAUGCUUACAUGACUAUUACUAAUGAGCAUUGGUUAAUAGCUAAUGCUGGAAACUACUAUCCUCUGUGUUACAAGAGCUUCAUUCAUGUGAGUCCUGCUGAAAUGUCCUGGGAAGAUGCUAUGAAUUACUGCAGCGCUCACUUUUCUAGAGCACUGUGUCUGGAGUCUGAGAACGAUCAGACAGAAACGCAGCGAGAGUUAAACAGAAAUAAUAUCUCUGCUCCAGUUUGGGUGGGUCUCAGACAGAGCUGUCCUUUCGGAUUCUGGAUGUGGAUCAAUGGUCUUCAAGUGGGAAACUGGACAAACUGGAAAGGAGGAAUGGCUCCUGAAGCUGCGCUUUCUCAACACUGCGCUGCCAUGGAGAAGGUGAACGGACAAUACACACUGAGUGAUGAAGACUGCAGGUCUACAUUCAGAGUUGUGUGUGAGAAAAACUAGUGAACAAAUUCACAGAGUACAUCCUGGAUCAACCAAUCAGAUUUCAGGUUAAAUUUAAAUGUAUGAUUAUAAGGGUGGUUGGUUUCUACACUAUUAAUAUUCAGCUAUUGUUGAUAUUGAGCAUUUAUGAUUAGACAUGGGUUUAGAGGCUUUUUGAUGCAGAUCAAAACUCAUUGAUUUAAAGCAUUUCUUUGGCAGGAUCACUGUAAGGGGAACUAACAUAUCAUGUAUAACUAGUUAUCUUUGCUGUAGUUUUGUUCAUCUCUGAUGUCUUUUAUUACUGGUUGUGAUUUCUAUAAGUCGUGUGUGUAGUUUGAUGCUUUCAGUCAAUAUCACUGUUGUUUUAAGCUGUCAAACACAACUCAGUAAACAUUGUUCUGGAAUCCA